CUUCAUUUUUACCUGGUAAAAGCAAGUGUACCACAUCACCUUAUUUCCCAAAUGAAAACAGUUUAGUGUACGUGAAAAACUGUAGGAGAAACAUUAAAAACCACCUCAAAUCAUGUAACAUAGGAGAUAUAGCUUCUGAGGGACAUUUGAUAUGUUACCGUGCUGGUGUUUUUUCGCUAUUUGGGGACUAUACCAUCUGUCCAUUUCAUCGAUACUCCCUUGGGAUACGAUGGAAGAAGAAGUCAUCCUGCUCACACCCGAGUCACAGUACAACGGCAAAGGCAGAGGUUGGGAGGAGCAUUACUUUGUCUAUGUCUCGGCACCUUCAUACAGUAUAUGGAUAUAUUGUCCCUAUUGGCUCAGGCUUGUGCAGUAGAUGUAGAAAAAAUGUAACCCAGGAAAUGAAAUGGUGCGAGUGCUGUAAAGAUGCAUCUUCUGCUCAAAUUUGCAAAAAUACCUCGGAUGACACCCCUGAAGCAACAUUACAGCAGUCCAGGAACCUCCAAACAAGGACAGAGAAUUAUGCUGAACAGUGCCAUACAGAGACAGAGAAUUCCGCUGAACAGUGCCAUUCAGAGACUUUGUCACAGACAGAUGAAUCGACAACAUAUACUUUGUCACAAGAAUCUAGCUGGAGCACUUCCUUAGAAGGACAAAUACACCUCACAGAUGGAAUAGAAAAUCUGAACAACACCUUGAUGUCUCUAAGUGGUGGCCAAGUAAGCCCUAUAAAGUUUCAGCUGAAAACUCCAUUGAGGGAGGUCCAGUCUAGCACUAGAAGAUAUUUAAAAAGGAAGGCUAAGGAGGUAGUGCAUACAGUUCUCAAUCAUUUGGCUCCAGGACAAUCCAGUGAUAUGUUCCAGUUACUUUAUGAAGACAACUGUCAUGAGGAUACAGAGCAAAGUGAUAAAACAGAACUUAAAAUCACUGAUACAAUUCUUCAACUCUAUUGUGAAGCUGAAAACAAUGCUCUCAAACGUCAACUUCUGUCCCUGCUGUCCUUGCCGAAUGCACAUAGUAAAUCGAAACUUCAGAAACUCAUUCCAGGACUUACAAAGUGGGAAAUUGAUCAAAGUCGAGCACAUGCUGCAUCUCAUGGAGCAGGUUCUUUACCAGGACCUAUGGAACCAGGAUACCGGCAUCGCAUGAACAAAGAAAAGCUGGAGCAUGCUUUAUCUUUUUUCUUGGAUCCAAAAUUUCAUCAAAUUUGUUCAUAUGGAACAAAAGAUUUGCAUUGUAACAAUGGACAGACUGUCACCAUACCCCAAGUAGUGAGAACAACAUGCCACUCCUCUCUCCUACAAAUGUACAAGUCAUACUGCUCUGAAACCAGUUUUGUUCCUUUGUCAGAUUCUACUCUCUACAAAAUUCUGUCUACAUGCUCUGCAAGUAAGAGAACCAACCUAACAGGUCUAGACAACAUUGCCACUGAUGGUGCUGCAGCUGUAGAUGACCUAAUAAAAAUGUGUGACCAAUUAAAAGGAUUAGGAUCUGAAACAAAUACAGUUGCCAAUCUCACCACUGCCUUAAAAUCCCUAAAGAUGUACCUCAAGUCAGAAUAUAAAUUUAGCGUGGGACUAUCUAGUGGAUGCCAAGAUCAUUGUUUGAAGUUUGCUUUGAGUCACCCAACCAAUGUGCUGUUGCAGGAAGAAUGUGAUCAUUCCCAUGAAGAAAUUUGUGGAAAAUGCAACAUCCUCAAUGAAAUAAACAGUGCCUUGUUUAAUGAAAUCCAAAAUAUCAGAACAUCUGACGUAGCAGAAGAGUUAGCAUUAACAGCAGAGAAAGCUCUUGAGAAAAUAUCAGAUUGGAAAGCCCACAUACUAAGGACUCAGAACCAAGAAGAGGGUAGAUAUAGAGCAUUAGAAGAGCUGCAGCCACACCAACUUCUGAUUAUUAUGGACUGGGCAAUGAAGUUCCUUCCUGCACUUUAUAGAGAAAAGCAGUCAGAUUUUUUUGGACAAAAAGGCAUGAGCUGGCAUGUUUCUGUUGCUAUAUUUAGAGCAGAAGAUGGAUCUUUGAAGCACAAGACAUUCAAUCACAUUUUUGGAGCAGUGAGGCAAGAUUGGUUUGCUGUUGCAUCAGCCAUCGAGCACAUCCUAAAGAGUAUAAGAGUACAAAUGCCUGGAAUUGAAGAAGUUUUUUUACGAAGUGACAAUGCAGGUUGCUAUCACUGUGGGUGCCUGUGGCUGAGCAUGCAUGGAAUUAGUGAAAGAACAGGUAUCAGCAUUGUACGCUAUGACUUCAGUGAACCUCAGGCAGGAAAAAGUUAUUGCGAUGCCAAAAUUGCCCAUAUGCGAUCCAAAUUAAGGAUGUUUGUUUCAUCUGGAGAAAAUGUAACAACACCAUUUGACAUGAAGAAGGCAAUAAUGGAUGGAAGUGGUGUAGCAGGAUGUCAAUGUGCAGUUGUGGAAGUUGACAGGAAAAACCAGACAAUGACUAGUCAUUGCAUCAAGGGAAUCACCAACAUUAAUAAUCUUGCCUUUGAAGGAGAUGAUAUCAUUGCCUGGCACAGUUUUAGUAUUGGUAUUGGUAUCAAGAUAAAAAGAGAAGAUGUCUUGAAAAGUGAGCAGCUUGACACAGGACUCAUCAUACUGUCUGACUUUGAAGAACCAUCAAAAAACUAUGGUGUGAUCUCUCACAUAAAAAACUGUUCAGUUACACCAACCAGUAUUUUCCACUGUUCUGAAUUAGGCUGUAAUCAGCAGUUUUCCUCAUACCAAAUACUUCAAGAGCAUAUUCUUCUGGAUAGACAUGUUCAAGAGAAAACAUCAACUUAUGAUGCUCUACGACAUCAUUGGUCCGAGUUGUGUAAUUCCAAUUUGUUCAUUUCUAAACAGCUGGUGCAAAUAGGCAGAGAUCACCAUACCCUUGUGAAGAAUUCAUCAGUAGAGAAGCUUCAACAAGGAUGGGCACUGAAAAAAACAAGGAAAUUUGCACGCUUCUCUUCCAAAGUGAAAGAUUUUCUCCAUAGAGUUUUUCAAGAGGGCGAAGAAUCAGGAAGGAAAGCAAUUCCUGUUGAAGUAUCUCAACGUAUGAAAUCUUUGCGAAACAGCACUGGAGAGAAGUUUUUCGAUCCCGAUGAAUGGCUGCAGCCUUCUCAGAUUAACUCCUUUUUUUCAAGACUUUCUCUGAAUGCAAAAGCCAGGGAUAUCAAGGAUGAACCAGAAGAAGAUGACCAUCUGCGAGAAAUACUACAGUCAAUAUAUGAGGAAGAAAAAAGAGACAGCAUUAGAGAUGCCAUGACCUUAGAACUUGACAGUCCAAUAUGAUUGUUUAAACUUGUAAAUGUAGAAAUAUUGGUGCUGUCUUUCAAUGAUUGUUGGUUUGUUUAGAUAAUGUCUGUAUGUACAUCUAACAUGCAUGGAAUCAUAAAUGAUAUGUGGCUCUUUCAGCUUCUGUGGUUGUCAUGGCAAUAACAGUUGUGAUAAUGCAUAGAUAUCUAAAAAGUAGAUUUCAAAAGAAAGGAAAUAUACAUGUGGGUUAUUUUUUUGUAUUAAUUUUUAUCAAUUUUAAAGAAUUAAAAUGAAAAAAAGCUAAACUUUAAUUUGCUCACAGUCAUAAUUACUAGCUAAUAGACUCUUUGUGAUUUUGAAAUAUUCCUUGUUGAAACAUAUUAGCACAGGACUUUACUUUGAUUUAUAUAUAGAUAUACACGUGAAAAGUCAUUUCUGCUUCAACUCUUUCUGUAGUCAUUAUGCUGCCAUGGUAACAGAAAUUUACAAUUUAUCUAAAUUUUGAAUUCUGAGCAUUGGCAUUCUCAAUUCUGUAUAUUUGAAAUUAAUGAAUGUUUCGUUUAAUAUCUCAGUUUGAUCUUUUAAAUAUUUGACAAAAUUUUAUUUUACUCAAAUACAGAUUGUGAUGAUAUUUUUUGUUGCUAAGGUAAAAGAGUAAUACUAAGAUUCCAAAUGCUUUAAUUCAAGUUUAAGAUAUGUAUUUUCCUUGCUACAUGUAUAUGCUCAAAAUUUUUUAAACUUUUGCGGCUAACUGAAAUAUGCUCCCAAAAUGUAAAAAUUUAAGUUGUAUUUUUUAAGGCAAUUUUUUGGAUAUUUCGUUGCCAUAGUAACAGUUUGAUAGUUAAUAAGUCACCAGUUUUAUCUGUAUUUUGUCAUUUUUAGGAUGUGUACUUUCUAUCUUAUAUGCUUUAUUUCUUUUUAAACUUGUAUUUAUUAUUAGCAGUAUGUCCACAAAAUGUAACAAUUUUUGGUUUUUUGAUGAAAACGAUAUUUUGGGAAAUUUUAUUGACAUGGUUACCAAAUGCUUUUUAAAAACCCAUCGGUUUUAUCUAAAGUUUUCAAUGUUCAAGGUGUGUACUUUCUAUUUUAGGUAUUAUGAUUUCUUUGACAAGUGUUAUUUUUCCACAACAUCUUUCCAAAAUAUGAUAAUAGGUAGUGUAUAUGUAAAAUUUGAAUUUUCAUGUAGUUUCAUCGCCAUGGUAACACAUUAUGUAUUUAAAAACCCAUGAAUUUUAUCUUAAAAGUGUUUUGUAAGGGAUGUGUACUUUUUAUCCUCUGUGCUCAAAAUUUUGGCACAUGUGGCAUUUUUACGUAUUAUGCCCUUGAAAAUGUUCGAUUCUGAGGAAAAACCUUAAUGACGAUUUCUUAAAAAACAACAUGUUUUUAACUUAUUUUUACCAUUUGUUUGAAAGGUAGAAUAAUAUUGUUAUUAUGAUUAACAGUGAAUAUAUUGGGCCAUAUUUACAGAAACAAAAAUAAAAUUUGUAUAGUUUUGUUUAAUUUUUUUUUUUUAAUUGCCUAAAGUAAGAGAUUAAUUCAAAAUAGUAUGUGUUUGGUGUUUGCUGUUCAGGUACAUUUACAUGGUGCCACGUUACCAUGGCAACAAAGGUUGAACAAAAAAGUCAUCAUCUCCAAUGAUGUUCUGGUGGUCCAUAAAACUUCAUAUUAAAAUUUCAUAGAAAUCUGAGUUGGUCAUGAAUCACCCCCUGCCUGGUUCUUACAAAUAGCUGUACU